AUGCGUGACGAGGUGCUCAAGUUACUGGACCAGCGAAAGCAAAUUGAAUCUCAGCUAGCUAAGCACCAAGACAGUCUUAAGUCGCACCAUGUCACGAUGUCGACUGAACUCUUGGAUUCAGAGGGAUUUCCACGUUCAGAUCUAGAUAUCCCCACGAUUCGUACAUCACGCCAACAAAUCCGCAUGCUGCUCCAUGACCGCGAGCUUGUGAACGAGCGCAUCGAGCAACUUCUUCCCUUAGCUCUCAAGUGCAAUGAUGCACAUGCGUCCUCUCCGUCGCCGUCAGAGCAGAGUGUGCAACAAGCUUCAUCCCGUCUAAGAGAUCAAUCCCACCUUCUCGCUGUCCGAAGCGUUCGACCUCAGAGCCCUGCAUCGAAAGCUGGUCUUCAAGCUGGUGAUAUCCUCCUAACUUGGGACGAGUUAAAACCCAUUACGUCUGAGCAUAUGUCACAGCUACCGUCUCGUCUUCAUGAAGGUGUACCAAUCUCGCUCGAUGUCAGGCGUCUACAACCGGACGGUCGGCACGUACAGAUACAGCUUACCCUUGUUCCCUCUUCUCGCUGGGAUGGCAAUGGUCUUCUUGGUUGUCACAUUGUGCCUGUAUAG